AUGGCGGAAUCAGCGCCCAUCUCCACUGUCUAUAUCCAGAACCUCGAGGAGCGCGUCAAGCCCAAGCCGCUGACCGAGGCGCUUCGCACCAUCUUCUCCGAGUUUGGCCAGGUCAUCGAUGUCGUCGUCAAGACGAACCUAAAGGCCAAGGGCCAGGCGUUUGUCGUCCUCGACUCGCCGGCCGGCGCCCAAGAGGCCGUCGACGAGAUCAACGGCUUCCCGCUGUUCGACAAGCCCAUGCGUAUGGCCAUGGCCAAGUCGCGCAGCGACAAGACGAUUGAGCUGCACGGCUCGACCGAGGAGCUCGAGGCGCACAAGCAGCACAGACUCGCCGAAAAAGAAAAGAAAAAGGCCAUCGAGGCCGCCGAGGGUCCCAGGCAAGGAAAGCGUGGCGCCGCCGCCGCCGACGAGCGCCCGUCCAAGAUUGCCAAGCCCUCGGGGCUCAAGUCGACGUCGGUCGCGCAGGCGGCCGUCAUCCCGGACGAGUACCUGCCGCCCAACAAGAUCCUGUUCCUGCAGAACGUGCCCGAGGAGUACGACGUCGAGGCGCUCACGGGCAUCUUUGGCCGCUUCGAGGGCUUCCGCGAGGUGCGCCUGGUGCCGGGCCGUCGCGGCAUCGCGUUUGUCGAGUACGACGCCGAGCAGGGCGCCGUCGCAGCCAAGGAGAACACCGCGGGCAUGACGCUGGGCGACAAGAACAUCAAGGUCACGUACCAAAGACAAUAG